AUGACAACACCAUCGAGGAUUGAUAUAGAAGUCUCAUAUCGAUCCGACCCCGUAGCCUUGAAGAACAGGCUGCGUCGGUCGAGACACGACGUUGAGGAAGUAACUAUCCGGUUGGAUUCUUCCUUUUGCGCGGAAGGCGAACCCGACAACAUAGAAUGGCAGUAUCCGCUUUUGCAAGCCAUCGGCUCGGGGCUAUCCCAAACGAGAACGAUAAAAAUUCAGGGUCCCGCCUGUGCUGCUCAUCCAUUGCAUCUGCAUUGCGUGACAAGGAUAUUGGAAUUUUGUGCUGGCGUGGUACAUUUGGAUCUUUCCAGUCUGAAACUCAAAAGCUGGGCGGAACAAGAUGAAUUGGCAUUCUGGGCCGUGUUGGAACAGCAGGUUUCACUGGAAGAAUUUCGAAUGUCGGGAGUAUGGUUUCACAAUGUGGAAUCUCGAUUGAUGCGACUCUUGGCUACCUUGCCAAACCUAAAGGUGGUCGCCAUCCGAGCGACCAAUUCGGUUUCAGAGACUGUACCGUCACUGUUUGCGUCCCACAGUUUGCAAAAGGUGGUGCUCUUUUCGACAGUGCUAUGCGACGAAGCAUCACAAGCCCUUCUGGCAGCACUGGAACAAAACACCAGUGUACGAGAGGCUAGUUUGGGAUUGACUUGUGGGGCUUCAGGCGGACCGGCUCUACAGCAAAUGCUUCAAAACAACCAUACACUGGAAAAGCUAUGGAUCCGAAUAAACUCUUUAGAGUCGGACCACGACAAUCAACGGAUUGCUCAGGCGCUCAGGACAGCUGGCCACUUGCUCGAGUUUGGCCUCUACGGGGAAAAACACGUGUCUGCGGCUAGCGAAGAGUUCUUUGUGGAUGUGCUGCGAACCGACAAUAUGAAAUUGAAAGUAUUGGAGCUGCAAACACCGGAACGAAUUAGCGAAGAAAUGCACUAUUUGCUCUUGUUGAAUGAAGUGGGACGCGAGGAGCUGUUGCACGGGGCCCCUCCUCGACAAUCCUGGAUACAAGCAAUCGUCAACACGCGACACGAUCUAAACUGCCUGUUUUAUCUACUUCACGCCAAUCCGAUGCUCUGUUCGUCAGAGAUAUGA